AUGGCUGACACAAAAAUACUAGUAGCUGCGAUUGACUUUGGGAGCUCCGGGGCAGGAUAUGCAUUCUCUUUUGCAUACCAAUAUAAAAACAAUCCUUUAGAUAUCUCAACGUCGGUAUGGAAUAAUGGAAACGGACCAGUUCAGACAAAAGUUCCAACCGUUCUUCUUUUUGAUUCGCGUAAGAAAUUCCACUCUUUUGGAUUUGAAGCCGAGGACAAAUAUGAAGAGCUUCUGAACACAAACAAAGCUGAUAAAUGGUAUUUUCUGAAGGGAUUUAAGAUGCAGUUGUAUAGUGCUGUGAAUGCUGGAGAGGAUAUACGAAAGGAUUUUAAGUUGGUGGAUGUUGCAGGAAAAAGUAUAUCUGCAAAAUUAGUUUUUUCUGCUGCUAUUGGUUUUUUGAAAGACCAUUUCAUUCAGCAAAUGCAUUGGAGAAAGCUAGGUACAUUUGAUGAUGACAUAUUUUGGGUAGUGUCUGUACCAUCAAUCUGGAAUGACUCUGCAAAACAGUUUAUGAGAGAAUCAGCUGAAAAGGUUGGAAUCAAAGGUAAAAAAUUCAUAAUGGUAUAUGAACCUGAAGCUGCAUCUAUUUACGCAAGACUUCUACCUGUUGAUAAGUUAGUUGGAGAAAAUGGUGGAGUCCUGCUUAAAGCUUUUGAUCCGGGUCGAAAGUUUAUUGUUGUUGAUGCUGGAGGUGGUACCGUAGACAUCUCUGCUCAACAAGUUUUAGAGAACGGCGAGCUUAAAAUAAUACACAGAGAAUGCGGUGGUCCAUGGGGCGGUGAAUGCAUCAACAAAAAAUUCGUUAAUAUGCUCAAAGAACUUUUUGGACAGGAAAUCCUAAAACAGUUUAAAAAGAACAACGGAGAGGAUUUUUUACAAUUACUAAGGGAUUUUGAGGUCAAGAAAAAAAAUCUUAGAGUAGAAGGCAAGGAGUCAGUAACCAUUCGAAUGCCUUUAAGUCUUAUAGAAGAAUCAGAUAUUUUAACGGCAAUUGCUAGUUCAAGAUUUAAAGAAACGAUACGACUUAAAAGAGACAAACUAUUAAUUGCAGAAUCUUUAUUUGAAACGUUCUUCUCGGAACCAAUACAAAUGAUCAUUGAAAAGAUACUAUCCAUUUUAAAAAGCGAAACAUGCUCUGAUGUUAGUGCAAUAAUGAUGGCAGGUGGUUUUUCAGAGGCUGAUAUAUUACAAGAUGCCAUUAAAAAGGAAUUCCAAUCACUGGAAGUUUUUGUUCCCAUUGAUGGGUCGCUUUCAGUAUUGAAAGGAGCUGUUAUAUAUGGUCACAAUCCCAAUGUAGUAUCAUCAAGAGUAUGUUAUUAUACUUAUGGCGUGGCUCUUGCAAAACCAUUUGAUUCAAGUAUUCAUGAUCCAGAAAAGAGAUAUUUCUGGGACGGAAGAGAAAUGUGUGAUUCUCUAUUUGAAGUUCUUUUCCAAAUUGACGAAGAAGUACAUAUUGGACAAACCAAAACUAUUGAUGUCGGGGAAACAUUUCUUUCACGUGAUACAGAUGAAUUUAGACAUGAUCCAAUAAUAUACCAAUUCAUGGUAAGCAAUAAAAAGGAUCCCUUCUAUAUUACAGAUGAAGGUUGCAUGGAACAUGGAUCCAUAAUUGUCUCUCCACCAAAUGGAACGUGGCCGCAAAUAGUCCAUGGCAAAAUAUUACUCAAAAUUGCUGGAACAGAGCUCGUUGGAACAUUUUUAAACGAAGAUACAUUGGAAGAAACGUCAGUUAGAUUUGAAUUUUUGCCGUCAAUCAAUAAGAAUCCAGAGAGACAAAGGUUGUUUGAUCCGUUCUAUCUAGACAUUUAG